AUGAUAAAGAACCAGGUGCCCUACAUCCGCACUAAGGAACUUCCUGAAUAUCGAGAACUUGCUGAAGCUCUACAUAUGGGAAAGAAGGAGAUAGAAUUAAACCUGAAACCAAAAGGUGGAAUCCAUGGCUUCACCUCUAAGUUUCUCGUGGACAAAGCUAUCACUUUCGCUGAAGCUGGAAACUGGACGGCCUUCAACGGCCAUCUAGCUUUACUCAUCUAUGGGAUUGUCUUGUUUUCGAAUAUGGAGGAGUUCGUGGACUUGGCUGCUAUUCACAUCUUCUUGACUCAGAACCCGAUUCUCACUCUUCUUGCUGAUACUUACUAUUCCAUUCACGUAAGGACCCAGAAGAAGAAAGGGACUAUCGUCUGUUGCACCCCUUUAUUGUAUAGAUGGUUUAUUUCGCAUCUACCCAGUGAAAGUCCCUUUGUUGAGAACAAAGAUAAUCUGAAAUGGUCCCAGAGGAUCAUGUCCUUAAAAGCCGAAGACAUUCCUUGGUAUUCUCGAGUGUACGAUGGUGUCAAGCUCAUCCUCAAUUGUGGGGAUUUUCCUAAUGUACCUAUUCUUGGUACAAAAGGAGGAAUCAACUACAACCCGAGGUUAGCAUUACGACAACUUGGAUAUUCUAUGGUGGACAAACCUGGUCUCGAAAGUGUAGAAGAUUUCGUUUUGUACGUAGGAGUCGAAGAGCCAGAGUUGAUUAAGAAGAUUGUCAAGGCUUGGGGGUCGAUUUAUCCUCAAGGAAGAGCAGAGAUGGGUAAGAAGAAUUGUAUCGCCAAGGAAGCUUACACCAGUUGGGUCAAAAGCAAAUUCAGUGAGGUCUUAUUGUCGUUCCCGCCUGAACCAUCCAUGAACAUCCGAUCCUCUGAGCUAGAGAACCAGCCAAAUUCUGAGAUGGAUGAAUUGAAGAAAGUUAUCAAGACUUUUAGAGAAAGAGAAUACCGAUCUCAAAUCUAA